AUGGAACCACUUCGCAGUGAAGCUUGGCGUAGUCGCCUGUGCGACGCUGGACUUGCAUCGAAGCAGAAAACAAACGUUGCAAUUGAACUUUGUGACGCUUUAAACAAUUUACUGGCAUCAGAAACGAAAAAAGAAAUUGUCAGUACGCUGGCACCUGUUGUUUUGGACCUUCUGGAGAAGGAACAGCCCGUAUUUUCCAGUAUUGCUGCGACGCAUCGUCUCCGGCUGACACUUAUGGAGAUUUUGAGAAAGUUUAUUACUUUUGAGGGUUUCAGUGAUCAUGCGUUGCGGACAUUUCUGCUUGCCUUACGUGUCGUUCGUGAAGACAACGAAGAAAUGGCUGUAAUCGCAUUGAAGUUGUUGAUCCUGUUAUUUCGAACCUUUGGUCCGCUUCUUCAACCUCAUGUGCGCGAAUUCGUCAAGCUCGUCGUCGAAUUGUAUAAGGCCAUGCCCACAGUCGUUGCAGAAAUGUUCCCCUCCCGUCCUCCUCCCAGUCCUAACGUUCUAAACAUCAUGUCCAUAUCAAAUACCGACUUUGCUACGGAACCUACUGCACCUAAACAACUGCAACGCGGUAACACCAGUUUCAAGGCUCUUUUAGAAUGCCCGCUUAUUGUUGUUUUCUUACUGCAGACUUAUAAAGAGCUUGCUCAGGCUCUGUUACCGUUGCUUGCACCUCUCGCUAUACAGUUCAUUUCGUUGCAAGCGCUGCCACAGGCCGAGGCACACCGGUUAGCGGAGUCGCAAAACGAAACAUUCGUAGGCGUGGUGCCGAGUUUGCGCCGUAAUCAUCACUACAAUGAUUUUAUAUCUGCGCAGGUGAAAACGUACUCCUUUCUCGCCUACCUACUGAGAGGAUAUGGCAAUGCUUUACAACAAUAUAAGCAGUCGCUUCCUCUGUACACACUCCAUUUGUUUAUUGAUUGUCCUCCCGAGUUGGCACAUGCUCGAAAGGAGUUGCUUAUUGCUACUAGACACGUUCUUUCCACAGACAUACGUAAUGAUUUUUUGCCCUAUAUUGAUGACCUUUUAAAUCCCAAAAUCCUUACAGGCACAGGCCUCACAGCGAAACAUACUUUGCGCCCGCUAGCCUACAGCAUGUUGGCCGAUAUGCUGCAUCACGUUCGGCACAGCCUCUCACUUUCUCAAGUUUACAAAGCGGUCUGUGAAUUUUCGAAUGUGUUGCGUGACCCUACGUUUACGGCGGGCGUUCAAGCCAUGGCUAUUAAGCUUUUGCUCAACUUAAUAGAACGGUUAUUGUCUUUUAACGAAAAAUCCAGCGCUCGCGUGAUCCUUUUGGUUAUUAUCGAGGCUUUCGUUGAAAAAAUGGAGCUUUUAAAUGCAGAGAUGAAGUCUAUUCGUGAGGAACUGCGGGUACAGGAAGCGAACAGACCUGAAGAAAACGACGGCACCAAUAACGAUGGUAGUGAUGGUAAUGGUGUUCGCACCGAUAGCGCCGACCUGGCGAAGAAAUCCGACUUAUUUACAAAUCAAGCAGAAGCGACUAACAUUAACGUCGUCAUAAACCCGUUGGGUGAUAUGCAUGAAAAAGGUCCCGACAAAGUAAAAGAUCCUCUCUUUUUAUUUAAACAUUUAAUUCUUGGCCUAAAAUCUAUAUUCUUUGGUUUGCGAAACUGCAAUGUGCCCUGUCCACCGAACAGCUCUAUUUCGGCACAAGCCUGGUCAACAACCAUUCAUUUCACAUCAAGUUCGGAAAUAUCGUUACUGCAUCGACUAUUGAUUCAAGGUUGUAAAGGCUUUUAUAUUUACACUGUUGACGAAAAAGAUGGUUCUUUGCAUUCACUUCCUCUUAGUGCGCAAUCAAGUUCUGAUUUUAAUGACCAACGACUUGCUGCUCGCAUAGCGGAAGUGAAGGAAGUCUUAGAAGUUUUCGCUACGAUUUUUGUAUACCUUGAUCCAUCUACGUACAUUGAACUGCUUGAAACUGAAUUCCCUUCCUUGCUUGAGUGCAUCACAAAAAACCUCGCAUUAAUCCAUCUUAUUCAGUUUUGGAUAGUGAACGAAACAACGUCUGCUCUAUGUACUGAUGUAUUAUUAAGUUUUCUUUUAACAAAACUUGAAACGGUUGGUUCUCGAAAUGUUGAAACAGUCUCUGUUUUACUGCGGUUAUUCCGUUUAUCCUUCAUGAGCGUAAACAUUUUCCCCGAAAAAAAUGAAGCCGUUCUCCGGCCAUACGUUUCGCAAAUUCUUUAUAAAUGUUUCGAACUUUGUGGAAAAGCGGAACAGCCAAUUAAUUAUUUCUACUUGCUUCGUGCUUUCUUUCGAAGUAUUGGAGGGGGGAAGUUUGAUUCUUUAUAUAAAGAAGUUGUUCCCGUUUUACCUCUGAUGCUGGAAAGCUUCAAUAAGCUCUUAUAUUCAUCCAGAAAACAGAGUGAGAAAGAACUUUUCGCAGAACUUUGUUUGACGCUCCCAGUACGAUUAAGUGUUUUACUACCGUAUAUUAGCUAUCUCAUGAGACCUUUAGUCAUAGCUUUACGGGGUCCACCAGAAAUUUCCAAUCAGGGUUUGCGAACUUUUGAACUUUGUUUGGAUAAUUUAACCCAAGAGUUUUUUGAUCCUUUACUUGAACCAGUUGCGAAGGAAGUUUUUGAAGCUUUAUGGGAUCACUUAAGCAUUUCUUCUUCUCAAAAUCAGCAACAAGUUGCAAUUCGUAUCCUAGGAAAAAUGGGUGGUCGUAAUCGUCAAUUGCCUUUGGGAACUAGUGAUUUUAAGAACGGUCCCGUGAAGUCGGACAUCUUAACAUUAAGCAUGUCUUUCUUUGAUGACGACAAAGAGUUUACAUUUGAGCACUAUCGGUUCAUUAAUGUUGCUAGUUCUAUACUGCAUAGUAAAAGUUCCUCCGAGUUGGAUCUCGAUGAUGCGUUUCGCUUUACGUGCGCUAGUUUAAAACUUCUGUUUUCAAGCCAACUGCCACAGGAAAACGUAUUGGGAUUAAUGGGACAUUUUUCAAAAGUAAUAAGCGGUGUCCCAAUCGAAACCUUUUUCAAAAACAGAGGUGUUUACGGUAAUUUUGGUGAUAUUCAUACUGAAAAAAAAUCCAUACAAACUGAAACUGUUUUAUGUCUUUUCGAAACUUUGAUAUACUCUUCGCAGAUAGAGAAGUACAAAACAGAAGCUACGGAGCUUUUGUCUUCGGUGCUCGAAUGGCUCAGUAUCGUCGAUAUUGCUAAUUGUGUUGAUUCCUUACAGGCGCCAAAUAAGUACGCCAACUUAGUUUCCGAAGAUACGAAUGUUCGCUUGACUUUUGAAACUUUCAUUCGAGCCGCAUUCCGUUGUUUGUCAUCGGAUCUGGAGACCGUACGAACGACCUCGUUGCAGUUCAUAAAUUACUAUUUUAACACUGCAAAACAACUACUGGGAUCAGCUGAAUUGGUACCACAUUUGCCUUCGUUUCACUCCACUCUGCUUCUGGCAUGUAAAAACUGUUAUGAAAGUCAGUGGUAUAUGAAAAGCGCUGGUUUUUCGGGGAUAAAUUGCUUAACAAACUCAGAAGUAGCCGGAGAAAAAUGGCUACGUUUUGCCUUUACGGACAUAUGUAAGGCCCUUUUAUUUAUAAUAAAGGACACUGCUUCUGAUUUUUCAAUUCUAAAAAUCGAUGAAGUUCAGGCUUCUAUCCUCUUAUUACUUACAAAAACAUGCACUUUUCCUGAUACAUAUAGUACCGAGGAGAAAUGUAAACUGUUACUGGAUUUACUUUCUCCUUUUUACUUUGAAUUACCUCAUCCUAACGGAAAUGUACGAUCUACUGUUCAGAAUGUUUUAGAGACUGCUUCCAGAACCAACAAUAUAUCUGUUAAGGAUUUGCUUUCGCCUGUUAAGGAUCGUAUUUUAGCUCCUAUAUUUGGAAAGCCUUUACGAGCGUUACCGUUUGCUCUGCAAAUUGGUCAUAUUGAGGCAAUCACUUACUGUUUAUCGCUAAAGCCAGCCUUCCUUGAUUACAGUGAUGAGUUUGUUCGGCUUUUAAGAGAAGCAAUAGCACUUGCUGAUGCUGAGGAUGAAGCUUUUUUAAGUAUUAUCAAAUCAUCUCAGGUUAAAAGCUCCAAUGCACUCAAUGAGCUCCGGGUGACUUGCUUAAAGUUACUACUGACUGCGCUUCGUACCUUACGAUUCGAGCAGCCUCAUCAAUUACAAACUCGAAAUAAGAUUACAAGUAUCUUUUUCAAGUCACUCUACAAUCCAGCAGAGGAUAUUUUUGUGAUUGCAAACAGUGGGUUAAAAGAGAUUCUUUCUCAAAAUCAAAAACUUCCAAAAGAAAUACUACAAAGUGGCCUUCGGCCUAUCCUGGUGAACCUUUCAGAUCAUCAGCGUCUUUCGGUUAAUGGCUUAGAGGGUUUGUCACGCUUGCUUCGGUUGCUGACGAACUAUUUUAAAGUUGAAAUUGGAAAAAAACUUCUUUUACAUUUACAGGCGCUUUCUGGGCUCCAAGUUCUGCAGACUGCCUCAUUAAAAGUACUGGAAAAAAAUGACGCAGUAAGCGUCAUAAGUGCACUCGUCAGAGUUUUUGAAUUCCUUCCUCCUCUUGCUGUUCGUUUUCUUAGUGAGCUGACCUCUUCGGUGCUUCGCAUUGAGAACGGUUUAAGACGCCUUAAAUUACUUGCUGUUGGGUCUAACUAUGUCUCUAAACUUGUUGAAAUUGCUAUUCAAACACCAUCUUUAGAGAAUUUGGCUCCGUUAUUUGCAGUUCAAAUUCUUGCUUGUGUUCUUCCACGAUGCAGUGAAGUGAAAGCUGUCGAGGCUCUUUCCGCAAAACUGAUUAUAUCCGCGAGAUCAAUCCAUGAAUUUGUGACGUCGUUCCCGGACGUUCUUUAUUUGGAAGUAAAAAAUGCUUUGAAAGCUGUUGCUGAGCUUCUUUUGAACCUCCUAUCUAGGUUAGAGCGAAAAUUAGAGUUCGCACUUGAGGUACUUAAGUUCGAUCCUGAUGUUUUGACAGAAAUUGUUCCUUCUUAUGUUGCUGAACUAAAAAAUGUCCUUGUUAAUACUGCAACUUUAAACGAUGCAAAAACCACAUUUAUUGUUUGUUGCGAACUUAUGGACGAUAGAGCUUUAACGUUAUCGUUAAAAACUUUUCUGUUGGAUCAGAUUAUGUUUCCAUUAUUGUUGGGCGAAUUUGGUUCUCAGUUAAUUGAUAAAGAUACUGCUAUAGCUCUGCAUAAUCACCUCUGGAAAAUUUCACUGAAGGACACGACUGAGGGAACUGUAUUUACCGAUGAUAUUAGGUAUCAUACCCUUCGUUUAACUACCUAUCUUUGUAGGGAAUAUCCUAAGGUAUUCGGUGAGUAUAGAAAAAGUAUUAUCAUGUCUGCAUGGAACUACUUUAAACUUGAAGAUCCUUUGGUCAAGCACAUGGCUUAUGCAGCAGCAUCUUGCUUUAUAGCAGUUUAUGAUACUCCGGCAAAAAUUGUCACUCCAGUUUACGUUGCCCUGUUAAAGGACAGUCAGUACGAGUAUAAAAACAUCACAGAGUUUUCAUUAAACUGUCUCGCUCCGGUACUUCCAGUCCGUAUGAACACUAUGAGUGAUAUGACAUUGCCCUUAUGGGCAAAGUUACCGAAAUUGGUCAUCUCAGAGGAUGCCCAUGGACUACAUCAAUUAAUGAACAUUUUCAAGUUCAUUUGCACCAACUCAAAACUGUUCUAUCCAUAUCACAAAAAUUACUUUCUCGUCAUGAUAAAUGCCUUGCAGAAACUUGCCUCAGUUCCUACUAGCAACGAUGAAUCAAUAACGUUAGCUCUGAACAUGAUUCGGACGCUUGAACAGUGGACCGCGCUGUACGAAGAGGAAAAGAAGCCAGUAACGGAAUGCCCUUUAAGUGACAAUGCUAAGGCUUACGUCUUAAUGUUUCUGAAUAAAUUUAUUGCUGUUCGACAGGAUCCAUUGGAAAACUCACUGUAUGCUAAAGAAGCCAUGGAAUUGCUUAAUAAGCUCUUGUCUCACGAGUGUUGGAAGUCUAUAAAGUUUAAUUAUGACUUUUUUGAAAAAAUUUUAGUUGAAAUGGACAACACAGACAAAAAUGUGAAUACAAUUGCAAAUACGCUUAACGUUCUUGUGGCUUAUUUGCAACAAUUACCUUCUGAUUGGAUUCAUGAUGAACUUUCCCGGUUAUCGCAACUUCUGGAUAAAAGCAUACGAAGCGUUAACAAGACGAUUUUCAAAGCUUUACGAAAAGUUCUUGUUCCAAUAUUGAAAAACGUUCCUGUAAAAACCGAAAAUGAUGACGAUUUGUUGGAAAAUAGGGGUUUUCGAAGUGUAUUACUUGCCGUUGCUCAAGACAAUCUCGCUGCGAUGACUAAUUUAGACGCAAUCAUUUAUAUUUUGGAGACUUUUGCUGAAGACCAUGUUGAAACAUUAGAUUUCUUAGUGACGGGACUAAGCAAGUCAUUUCAAAAAGUUGUCAAAGACCAUCUUAUGCUUAUAAGCCAAGCUGCUUCUGGCUCUGCGGAUGGAAGUACUAAAUAUGCUGAGGCUCUUGAGCAAAAUUCAUCUCUACUCAUACGAAUGAUAGACGUGAUUAAAUUACGAAUGGCUCAUUUGGGUGAUCAAAGACGAUGGUUUCUUGAUGUGCUAAUACAACUUAUCGAUAAAAGUACAAGUUUUGAGCUAUGUUCUCAUAUCCUUAAGCUAACAAGAGAAUGGGUAUUGGUGCAACGUGACACCUUUCCUACUAUUAAAGAAAAAACUGUAUUAUUAUUGAAGAUGCAACUUUUUGAGGGUCGUUUUUCGAACAAAUUGGUAAAGGAUGCUAGCGAUUUGCUUUGUGAAAUCUACACGAAUCCUACUUUUUAUCAGACUGAGCUUACGGCAAGAUUGAAGCAGGCGUUUCUUUUCACAACUGAAUCAAAAGACUCUGUAAUAAGGCAGAAGUUUAUGGCAAUUUUGGAUAAAAGUAUGUCGAAGUCGAUUUACUCUCGUUUACGUUUUAUUUUUGAAUCAAAAUGUUGGGAUGUAAUCCCUGCUGCUUACUGGAUUAAGCAAGCAAACUAUCUUCUUUUAGGGUGCAUUAACUUUGACAAAGUUAUCGCACCUACUCUUCAAUGUCUCCGCUUCACAUCACCCCAGGACAUAUGCUCUCGUUUUUCCCACAUAUUAGCAUCCAUCUCGAGCGAUAACCAGGAUGAAUUCAAGACUAGUUUGAGUAAACGGUUGAAACUCUUCUUCGAAUCUUCUAAUCAGGUGCGUGCUGCUGAUAUUUGCAGUUGUAUCGCGAAUAUGCAAUUCAUAAAAAAAGAUGAAGCACAUAUUUUAUGGUGUAAACUGUUCCCUUCGGCCUGGUCGAUGUUGAAAUUAAGAGAUCAUUCGGAUUUAACUAAAUCUGUUAUAUAUUUACUUACUCGAGAGUUUCAUCUUCAGCAGGUAAAUAAGCGUCCUAAUGUCAUCAAGACAUUAAUUAGCUCCUUUAACUAUAGUCGUCCUAUGCUUGAGCUUCCACCGCACUUGGUGAAGUAUCUGGGGAAGCUCUACGGCAUUUAUUACGAAAGCAUAGUAUUUCUGGAGGAUCAGCUUCAAGAAAAUGGCGAUGUUGACCAAAGUGCAAUUGUUCAGGAAAGUCGCGCGAACGCAUUAGCUGAGAUGUAUGCCUCUUUAGAGGAGUGUGAUAUGUUUUAUGGUCAUUGGCGCAAUCGCAGUAAAUACCUUGAGACUGUUGUUGCUAUGUCAUAUGAGCAACUUGGUAUGUGGGGAAGAGCCCAACAACUGUUCGAGCAAGCGCAAAUGAAGGCUCGAAGUGAGGCCAAUCCCUUUACCGAAUCCGAGUACAACGUCUGGGAGGAUCAUUGGGUACUCUGCACUCAAAAGCUACAACAGUGGGACGUUCUUACAGAACUUGCUAAGCAUGAAGGUUCUUCGGAACUGUUGCUGGAAUGUGCAUGGCGCAUUAGUGAUUGGUCAAACAAUCGCUACUCUCUAGAGGUUGCUAUAAAGAAUCUCUCUGCCGUUCCAACGCCUAGAAAACUAACAUUUCAAUCACUCAUUACUUUGCAAAAAUCUAUAAGUCAGCCGACCGCCAUCGUGGAUUUCCAGAAGGCCUUAAAUGAAGCUGUUCAACUGUCGCUUAUCAAAUGGCAACAACUUCCGGAGAAGGUAAAUCAGUCUCAUCUCUCACUCUUAAAUCUGUUUCAGCAAUUCGUAGAGCUUCAAGAGUCGAGUACAAUUUACUCGCAUCUUUCUUCGGUCAAUGCUCAAAACAUUACGGCUCAUGUUUCACCAAUUAAGAGCAUCUUGCAAGCAUGGCAGGAAAGAUUGCCUAACCUUUGGGAGAAUAUUACUAUUUGGCGCGACCUUGUUUCUUGGAGACAGAUUACGUUUUCCAUGAUAAACCGUGUAUAUCUACCGUUAAUACCUACUCUGCAAAAAAGCAAUCCAAGCAAUUCCACUUCCUUCUUGUUUCGUGGUUACCAUGAAACAGCUUGGAUGAUUAAUCGUUUUGCACGAGUAGCCAGGAAGCAAGGCCUGUUUUCUGUCUGCCUCAAUUUAUUAACAAAAAUUUACACGCUGCCGAAUAUUGAAAUUCAGGAAGCAUUUUUUAAGUUGAGGGAACAGGUUUUGUGCUAUUUGGAGAACUCCAAAGAACUAGAGGUUGGUUUGGAAGUUAUUACGAAUACGAAUGUGAUGUAUUUCAGUGCACCCCAAAAAUCUGAAUUUUUUACUCUUAAAGGUGUUUUCUUGGAGAAAUUAAAGCGUUUUGACGAAGCAAACCAAACUUAUGCUGCAGCUGUCCAGAUUGACUUACAUCUUCCUAGAGCUUGGGCGGAAUGGGGAAGAUACAACGACAAACUGUUCCAACAAGAUGCUGGAAAUCUCAAUGCUGCCUGUAACGCAAUGAGUUGUUAUUUGCAGGCUGCUGGUCUUUUUGACAAUGCUAAGGCUCGAAAGCUUAUCAGUAGAAUCCUAUGGAUGUUGAGUCUUGACAACAAUGAAGGUGUGAUUUCAAAAUCCUUUGAAUCAUUUAAGGGAGAAUUGGUCACAUGGCAUUGGAUAACUUUUAUUCCACAACUUCUAACAUCGUUGUCACAUUCUGAACAUCGUUGCGCCCGUCAGAUUUUAGCUAGGAUUGCAAAGACGUAUCCACAGGCUUUGUAUUAUCAACUUCGGACAACUCGAGAGGAUUAUGCAAUUAUAAAAAAGAGAACGAGGGCUGCCAUUGAAAAAUCAUCUCACCCAGAGGAAAGCUCAUUUAACAUGCAAAGCUCUCCACUCAUGUUUACGGCAAAUCAUUCCUCUAACGAAAGUCAUACCGACACAAUGGAUGAGAUGCGUCAAAUGGCAAGUGCCCCUAGACAGCCUUGGGAACAUGUUGAGGAUAUCAUGUCGAUCUUGAAAACAGCGUAUCCGUUAUUGGCUCUCACUAUGGAGACGCUUAUAAAUCAAAUUCAAACACGUUUUAAGUGUAAGAGCGAGGAGGAUUCUCUCCGACUUAUUGUUGCCUUGUUACAAGAUGCACUCCAAUACAGUGUUCGUUUGGGCGCUCUUAAUACUGAAAGCAAGGUCCCUGCCUCUGUUGAGUCAAAUUUAAGUGUGUUUGCUGACAAUGUGUUACCGGAGUAUUGUCGAGAACAAUUCAAAAAUGAUUUCCUUACGAGUAAUCUAAACUUCAAGUCGUACUUGGAGCAUUUGAGGAUAUGGCGUUCUCGUUUUGAGAGAUUGUUAAAACGCUCACCGAGACGUCUAUACCUUGAACAGAUCUCUUCUUACCUUUCUGAGUUUCACUACCAAAAGUUCGAUGAUGUUGAAAUACCGGGUCAAUACCUUCAACAUCGCAACAACAAUACUAAUUUUGUCCGGAUAGAGCGGUUUUUACUCGAGGUUGAUGUUGUUAUCCGUUACAGCGUUUGUCAUAAACGCAUAACGAUUCGGGGUUCUGAUGGUAGCUUGCAUCCUUUUGCUAUACAGUAUCCCUCAGCCAGACAUAGCAGACGUGAAGAACGGAUUAUGCAGUUACUGCGGAUUUUCAAUGAUGCAAUGGACACGGAUUGUCAGACUCGGAAACGUAACUUAAAGUUCUUCGUUCCCGGAGCUAUACCGUUGUCUGCACAUAUUCGGCUACUCACUGACGAUCCUACUUUUGUAACACUGCACGAGAUCUUCCAAACGUACUGCCAUGCGCAGGGUAUAGAUGAGUCAGCUCCUACUACAAAGUUUGCUAUUUCACUUUCUGACUGUCUGCGUUCCAUCAAUGUUCAAGGUGCUUCUUCAUUUACGGAUGAAGAAAAAAUGCAAAAGAAGAAGUUUGUAUUUGAAAAACGUAUUGAGCUGUAUAAGGAUAUUCAAGCAAACAUGGUUCGCCGCACGGUGGUUCUUGAUUUUUUCCGCGAAACAAUUGAGGACUACGCGCAUUUUUGGUUGUUUAGAAAGAACUUCACAUAUCAAUAUGCUUGCUUUGCUUUUGCUUCCCAUGUACUAAGCAUCAAUAAUCGUUUUCCUACAAAACUAUACUUCACUAAAAAUGCGGGUUUCGCUUGGACGACCGAAAUGUUACCUGCAAUGGCUAGCAAUUCACCCGUCUUUCAUAACAACGAGAUUGUUCCGUUCCGUUUGACUCCAAAUAUCCAGGAGUUUAUCGGCAAGACUGGAAUGGUUGGGUUGUUCGGUCCCUCAAUCAUGAUAAUUGCCCGAGCACUAAUGCAACCUGGCUAUGAUCUUGAUAUGUGGUUGAGCAUCUUCAUUCGUGACGAACUCAUUUGGUGGUUCACUCAACAACGGCAGCCUCCUUCCUCUAACGGUUUACUGAGAGAAAAAGUGAUUAGCAAUACCGACUUAAUUGUCCGUCGGGUUUCAUCUAUCGGUCAGCCUGCUUUUGGCAAUUUGCCUGCGAACCAAACAAUAUUGGAUUAUAUAUCGCAAGCUGUUAAUCCAAAAGCGCUGGCCCAAAUGGAUGUUUUGUGGGCCCCUUGGUUGUAA